AUGGCUUCCCUCAUCAACGUUCGUCGCGACGUCAAGGACGCUUUCUAUCGCUACAAGAUGGAAAAGAUCGUCACCAAGAUUGAGGGCAAGGGCAACGGUAUUAAGACCGUUGUCGUCAACUUGAGCAGUGUCGCUCAGUCUCUCGCCCGUCCCGGUGCCUAUGUCAUCAAGUACUUCGGCUUCGAGCUCGGUGCCCAGACCAACGUUGACCCCGCCGACGACCGCUGGAUUAUCAACGGUUCCCACAACGCCGCUAAGCUGCAAGACCACCUCGAUGGUUUCAUCAACCGUUUCGUUCUCUGCAAGAAGUGCAAGAACCCCGAGACCGACGUCAACAUCAAGGACGGUCGCAUUCUCCUCGACUGCAAGGCCUGUGGCCAGCGUUCUGAGGUCGACCUCCGUCUGAAGCUUAGCGGUUACAUUCUGAAGAACCAGCCGAAGAAGGGCAAGAAGGACAAGGCCGAGCGCAAGGCUGCCCGCCGCGCGAAGGCCAACGGUACCAAGGAGAACGGACAGGGAAGCGGAAGCGGCGGAGAAGGAUCCGACAACGGUUCCAACGACGCCGACGACCAGGAUGUUGGUAGUGAUGACGAGUUGGAGAAGAUGAAGAAGGAGGCUCCCGAGAUUGACCAGUUUGAGACCCAGGAGCACGAGUGGGCCGUCGACAUGAGCGAGGAGGCCGUCAAGGCCCGUCAGGCUCAGCUCCCUGGUGAAUUCAAGCAGAAGCUCAACAUGGGCGAUGACGAGGACGAGGAUGGCGAGGCCUCCGGCAGCACCGUCUACGACGAGUUUGGCACCUGGAUCCAGGAUGAGGCCACUGCUAAGGGCAGUGUGGACAAGGUCGACUCGAUUGACAUCUUUGUCAAGGCCAAGGAGCUUGGCAUCGAGACCAAGCACCGUUCCGUCCUGGUUCUGGUGCAGACCAUCUUCGACGAGAACAUUCUCGCCCAGAUCCCCAAGCGCGCCGGCAUGAUGAAGCAGUUCGUCAUCUCUGAGCGCCACGAGAAGGCCCUCCUCGGUGGUACCGAGCGCCUUAUCGGCCAGCUCGCCAAGGAGCACUCCGACAUCUUUGACAAGGUUGUCAAGAUCCUCCAGUUGUACUACAACCACGAUCUCCUCAGCGAGGAGGUCGCCGUCAAGUGGGGCACCAAGGCCAGCAAGAAGUACACCGACCUGUCUACCUCCAAGAAGGUCCGCAAGGCCGCUGAGCCCUUCAUCAAGUGGCUUGAGGAGGCCUCGGAGGAGGAGUCGAGCGAGGAGGACGAGUAA